AGGGAUUAGGGGGUGAACUACUUUCUAAAAGCAAGCCUUUGAGAGUACUAUGUGUAUAGCUGGUUUAAUGGUGCUUGUGAAAUUUAAACAAUCUUGGAAAUAAGGGACCUUGGGCAAUGGUUAUUAAUACAAGGACUAGGGAGAGGGGAUCACAUCUGCUUAAACACAAGCACGUUUUGCAUAUUAACAAAGUGAACAAGGCAUUGAUCAUUGAUGAGGAGACAGCAUCUCACAGAUAUUUUAUCCCUUUUUUCUGUUUUCUCCCAGGGCUUUCCAGGAAACACAAACUCAGACAGCGUGGUGCAUUACAGACUUCAGCCUCCCUUGGAAGCCAGGUUCUUGCGUUUCCUGCCUUUAGCCUGGAACUCCAAGGGCAGGAUUGGCAUGCGGAUUGAAGUGUAUGGAUGUGCAUACAGAUCUGAGAUGGUUAAUUUUGAUGGAAAAAGUUUCUUAUUGUACACAAUUAAUCAGAAAUCCAUCAGUUCAAUGAAGGAGAUCAUUAUUUUGAAAUUUAAAACCAGGCAGAGUGAUGGGAUUCUACUCCACAGAGAAGGACAAAAUGGCAAACAUAUCACCCUGGAAUUAGUUAAAGGAAAACUCAUCUUGUUCUUUAAUUCAGGUGGUGCUAACCUGCCCUCCCUAGAUGCCCAGGUGACCCUCACCUUGGGCAGUCUGCUGGAUGACCAACACUGGCAUUCUGUCCUCAUUGAGGUCCUCAACACACACAUCAAUUUCACAGUGGACAAACAUACUCACCGUUUCCAGGCAGAGGGAGCCAGCCUUUUAGAUCUUGAUUAUAAGAUCAGCUUUGGAGGGAUUCCUGGACUUGGAAAAUCAGUGGUGUUCCCACAUAAAAGCUUCAAUGGGUGUUUUGAAAAUCUCUUUUAUAAUGGAGUGGAUAUCAUUGAUUUGUCUAAGAAACACAAACCAGAGAUACUCAUCAUGGGAAAUGUGUCCUUCUGUUCACAUCCUCAAACUGUCCCUGUGACUUUUCUGAGCUCAAGGAGUUAUUUGGCUCUGCCACACCCCACUGGAGGGAACUCAAUAGCUGUCACUUUCCAAUUUCGAACAUGGAACCGAGCAGGGCUAUUGCUGAAAAGUCAGAUUCUACACUGGUCAGGGGCUCUUGUCCUUGUUCUUAGUGAUGGAAAACUCAAGCUGAGCCUCUGCCCACCUGGCCAGCCAGUGAGAGCCGUCAUAGCAGGUGAUGGAUUAAAUGAUGGUCAGUGGCAUUCUGUGUCCUUGUCUGCUAAUGGGAAUCAUUUGAGCCUGAAGGUGGACAAUGAUGUAUCCUCUGCUGCCCAUUCCCUGCGUGGGCAGAUUCAUUCUGCUAAUAACUAUUAUUGGGGAGGAUGCUAUCCUGACAACAGCUCUGGCUCUCAAUGUGAAAAUCCCCUGGGAGGGUUUCAGGGCUGCCUGAAGCUUAUCUCCAUUGGCAGCACAGUGGUGGAUCCCAUCUCAAUACAGCAGGGGGCGCUGGGAAACUUCAGCGACCUUCAGAUAGACUCCUGUGGCAUCACAGACAGGUGUUUGCCCAGCUAUUGUGAACACGGGGGUGAAUGUUCCCAGUCCUGGGACACCUUCUCCUGCGACUGCACUCACACUGGCUAUGUGGGAGCCACCUGCCAUUCCUCUCUGUAUGAGUGAUCAUGUGAAGCUUACAAGCACAGAGGAAACUCUUCAGGCUUCUACUUCAUAGACUCAGAUGGAAGUGGCCCUCUGGGACCAGCUCUUGUGUACUGGAACAUGACAGGUAUGUUAAGCUUUUCUCUUGAUGACAGCAAUGUGCUCUUCCAGGCACUCCACAGCAUUGCCAUCUGGCACACCCACCAGGGACCCAAAGCAUGGGGUUCUCCUGAUGUUAAACUGGAAACCCCUAAACUGUGA